GAAAUUUGGAACGCACCGUAAGGGCGGAGGCCAUUUCCAUUAUUACAAGCCACAUAUUUUUGUUUCUUUCCGUUCAACAAAUCCAAUAAAUUUUAUAUAAAUCUAGAUUUAAAUAAAAGUGUUAGCGUAUCAAAACGUGUCAUUGCAGUGUUGAGUAUUUUGGUUGCUCUUUAAAAAAUAAACUAAAAACAUCUGCGAAGUACUUUUAUUUGCCAACUGACGAAUCGUCGAUAUCUUACUAAGCGAAUAAUGAUCCUUGACUCCGUAUAAGUGUUAAUUCGAACUAUUAUUAAAAUAAUAUAAUUGCAUACAAGACGUAAACAUGUCUUCGUUCAACCAUCUCAUCGCUUUUCGACAAGAACUUCUUAUUAUAAAUAAAUAUAGAAUCAUUCGAAGAAUCGGAGGUGGCUCAUUUGGUGAAAUUUUUUUGGGAAUAAACGUUGCCAAUGGCGAGGAGGUUGCUGUUAAGAUAGAAUCGAUGAAGGCGCGGCAUCCACAGCUUCUCUAUGAGAGCCGAGUAUAUAAAAUGCUCCAGGGGGGCAUUGGCAUACCACAUAUCAGAUGGUACGGCUUCGAAAAAGACCACAAUAUCCUCGUGAUGGACCUUCUGGGUCCAUCUCUGGAGGACUUGUUCAACUUUUGUUCGCGUCAAUUCACAAUCAAGACGGUUCUUAUGCUUGCAGAUCAAAUGCUGGGACGCGUGGAAUUCGUCCACUGCAAGUGUUUCAUCCACCGCGACAUAAAGCCGGACAACUUCCUGAUGGGCAUCGGGCGACACUGCAACAAGCUCUACAUGAUCGACUUCGGCCUCGCCAAGAAAUUCAGAGACGUCCGCACUCGCGCUCACAUCGCCUAUCGCGAGGACAAAAACUUAACUGGCACGGCUCGCUAUGCGUCAAUCAACGCUCACCUCGGCAUCGAGCAGUCGCGGCGAGAUGACAUGGAAUCUAUGGGCUACGUACUUAUGUAUUUCAAUAGAGGUUCCCUGCCGUGGCAAGGCUUGAAAGCUAUCACAAAGAAACAAAAAUACGAACGUAUUAGCGAGAAGAAAAUGUCCACACCGGUCGAAGUUUUGUGCAAGGGAUUCCCAGCGGAAUUUUCAAUGUAUUUAAAUUACUGCCGUGGUCUUUGUUUCGAAGAAGCUCCUGAUUACAUGUAUCUUAGACAGCUGUUCCGCAUCCUGUUCCGCACGAUGAACUACCAGUACGACUACACGUUCGACUGGACGAUCCUGCGCCAGCGCAAGCAGCAGAGCACCGAGGCCAGCGCCGCGCCCGCCGACCGGCGCUCGCCCGCCGUGCAGCGCCGCGCGCAGCAGCAGCCCGCGCAGCCGCCGCCCAAGACCGAGUGAAAGAGAUUACGACGUUCGGCAGCCACGGGCGGUCCCGCGAGGAAGCGAGCGCGAUAACUGUGUGUGUGACGGUGUGACGGUGUGACGGUGUGACGGUGUGCCGGUGUGCCGGAGUGCCGGUGUGGUUGUGUGCGAGUGCGUGUGCGUGUGGGCGACCCGCUGCCGACCUCGGCUCGUCGGCGACGUCACGCGACGAGGCCGAGACAGACUUUCUAUUUUAUUACAGAGGCCUUUUAAGUUAACGUCGGCGUAGUGUAUAGUGUCCUUUUGUUUAACGAAAGUGUAUAAAAACUUCGGUGACUAACUUUUUCUGUGAAUGCAGAUAUUGAAUAAUAUACCUAUUUUUUUCAUAUGGGAUUGUAUUAUAUUUUUGGUAAUGUCCUCACCUAUCGAGUAGCAAGUGUUAGGAUCUUCGGAUCAUUUAUUUGCAUUUUUUUUAUAUCGAGAAAAUAAAAAUUCAUUGUAAUGUUUGAAAUAAUGUGACAUUUUGAUUAAUAAUUUAAAAUUUAGGUCUUAUUUUGUCUCAAUAUUUAUUAAGUUCGUCGAUGUUAGUUCUUCCUAAAUAGCUAGAGUUAAUCGGUAUAAUUAGUUAUAUGUCUAAAAUAGUUUUGCAGUGUGCACAGUCGCUUGAGAAAACUCCAAAGUGUGUGUACGUUUUUUUAAUAUAUUUGUAAAGGCGCAUAUUUUUUUAGACGGUCUAAUACAGAUAUAUACAAUUAUAAUAAUACUUCGAUGCGAAUAUUGGCUAAAAACUUUUAAAACACUGAUUACCGGUAUAUGAUAAAUAGGUCUCUUGAUUGAAAUUAAAAAAUGUAAAAAAAAUAAAAAUAGGUUAAUGAAAGUGAAUCCAAUCUUAUGGAAUGCUUCACACACGGCCCAUAUUCAUAGAUGUAAGUUCCAUUGUUUAUAAAUUUCUUUUGUCAUUUGUCAAAUCGUACUCUUGAAAUUGUACAUAGAUAGGUGCGUGUGUGAAGCGUUCUGAAAGAAGUAGGUACAUACAUAUGUAUCGUAUAUUUUAAGUACUACAGAAGAAAAAUGUAAAUACGAAACAUUGUUCAUUUUAACUGUUAUUUUUUUUAAGAACACUUGGAUUUGUCGUGGUUGUGUCGACACGUGACGUCACAAAACACAACUACCCCUUUCGACCGUCAGGUGAUAUUUUUAUAUGAAUUAAAUAUCAAGAUGCUCCUAUAUUAUUAGCUCCCCGAAAUAGAAGACACUUCAAAAGUUAUUAUAUUAUGAAAGUGUGCAUGAUCGAUAUUAUACUGCGAGCAUUUGUAACUUGGGGACAAAAACGACCAUUUACAUCCGUAAAAUGACUGGAAUAUAUAUUGAUCAAAUUUUUAAACUGGUGAUAAUGUGGAUCUCAAUAUUCCUCUUUAAAUCUGCGGUCAAAGGAUACGUUAUUUGGUACAUUAACUUGACGAUGGUUAUUUCGUCUCCAUUUUAAUAUGUUCAUUAUUGCACUUAACUCUAAUAAAUAAUAAUAAACGUG